AAACAGCAUAUCCCACAAUGCCCCGCGCGUCCCGGUGACAUCUACGCAACGAUGAGUUGAAGCGGUUGUUGUCGUCUCUACGCUUUUAACCAGUUGCCAGGAAACCGAGGAAAUAGAGCAGCUAUCACGCCGUAAUCAAGUAAGGCUCCCAUCUUAUACCUGUAAUAACUGGCAGACGGAGGGAUUCCACCCCACGUUUGAUUUGUUCCUCGGUGACUCCUUCGCCCAUGUUAUCGUCCGUUCCCACCCGGCUGAUCGCGCGAAGGUCGCGCAGCCUGUCGCCGUGCAGCCGCGUGCUCCAGACCAGCGCGAGCGGCGCCGCGUGCCGGGGCAGCCGCGAGACCCCGGCGGAGCUCCAACGCAACCCAAUCGUGUCCACCUCGCGGGUCUCCAGAAGGGGGAUUUUGGCCGACGAGUCCGCGGGUACCAGCGUGAAGCCGUUGGUGCAGUACCACCACCUCGCCCCUAGGUGGCUGUCUCACCUGCAGAACCGCCGCGGGUCGUGGGCCGCGUUGGCCGACAGGGGGCGCGACAACCACCAGUACUGGGAGGAGAGCGGGCGGAGCGGCGGUGGUGGUGGUGGUGAUGAUGCUGGACGGGGGACAGAUGGAGGAGCCAGGCGGGCUGGAGCGGCCUCUGUCGGGGUGCUGUCUGCUGCAGCAUUGGCCUUCUGCCUGAAGAAAGAUCCUGAUAACAAAGGUGAUGCUCUUCUGGAGGCAGCAAGGACCAAUAACGGUCAGGAUGUGGCCAGGCUGGUGAAAGAAGGGGUCGACCCCAACCACCGCCACCGCCUCGGUUGGACCGCUCUCAUGGUGGCCGCCAUGAACCGACAGCACAGCGCGGUGAAGGUGCUGCUGGAGGCCGGCGCCGACCCGAACGCCGGCGAUCACUUCAACAACGUUUACGAAACCUCCCGAGAGAAAGGCAUCCACUCACUGGAAGUCCUCGUGUCCCGGGAGGACGAGUUCAGCAGCAGGCUCAGCAGCAGAGCCGGCUUCCGCGGCUGCACAGCCCUCCACUACGCCACGCUGGCCGAUGACCCCGACACCGUCCGCAUGCUGCUGGAUGCCGGUGCCAACCCCCUGCAGACCAACGGAUUGGGACACACGCCUCGGUCCUAUGCCAAAGAGGGGGAAGCGAGCAAAGUGCUGCAGGAGUUUGAGGGCAAGUUCCAGGAGGUGCAGGAGAGGCGGGAGGCGGCGGAGAGGCGGAGGUUCCCCCUGGAGAGGAGGCUGAAGGAGCACAUCAUCGGACAGGAGGGGGCCAUCAAUACGGUGGCCUCAGCCAUCAGGAGGAAGGAGAAUGGCUGGUAUGACGAAGAGCAUCCUCUCGUAUUCCUCUUCCUCGGCUCGUCGGGAAUCGGAAAGACCGAGUUGGCCAAACAGGUGGCUCGCUAUAUGCACAAGGACAUCAAGAAGGGUUUCAUCCGUAUGGACAUGUCAGAGUUCCAGGAAAAACACGAGGUGGCAAAGUUCAUUGGCUCCCCGCCGGGAUACGUGGGACACGAGGAGGGGGGUCAGCUGACCAAGCUGUUGAGGGCGUGUCCCAACGCUGUGGUCCUGUUCGACGAAGUAGACAAGGCCCACCCUGACGUUCUAACCAUCAUGCUGCAGCUCUUCGAUGAGGGUCGCCUCACCGACGGGAAGGGGAAGACCAUCGAAUGCAAAGACGCCAUGUUCAUCAUGACGUCCAACAUCGCCAGCGACGAGAUCGCCCAGCACGCCCUGCAGCUCCGCGAGGAAGCCGAGGCGGUCAGCCGCAGAAAGCUGGCCGACAACCUCGAGGAAGUGCAGAAAAGUGAAGACGUCAAAAUCUCCCGACAGUUCAAAGAAUCUGUGAUUCGUCCGAUCCUGAAGGCUCAUUAUCGGAGGGACGAGUUUCUGGGUCGGAUCAAUGAAAUUGUUUACUUCCUCCCGUUCUGCCACUCGGAGCUCCUUCAGCUGGUCAGCAAAGAGCUCAACUUCUGGGCCAAGAAGGCCAAGCAGCGCCAUGACAUCGAUCUGCAGUGGGAGCGCCCGGUUCUGGACCUUUUGGCGGGCGGGUACAACAUGCACUACGGAGCACGCUCCAUCAAACAUGAGGUGGAGCGGCGCGUCGUCAACCAGCUGGCGGCGGCGUACGAGCAGGAGCUGCUGCCCAAAGGCUGCACCCUGCGUCUGUCCGUCCAGUCGGAGGACGAGGAGGACCGCAGCGCGCCCAGUCUGCGCCUCGAGGUGGUGGGUGAGGACAGCUUGUCGAGGACGCUGGACAUCCGUCCACCGCUCAUCCCUGAACACUAAGAACACACAGAGGAUUUAUCCAGAUGGGCAUGUGUAUGUACGGAUGUGCACUCAUCUCUCUCUCACUCACACACACACACACACACACAAUAUCAUCAUCAUCAUUGUGGUGUCAGGAGGAAGGAUGGCUCUUGAGAAAUGUUAUCAAUAAAAGUUCCUCUGAUGAAACACAUCGCUGCCUCAGUUUCAGUACACACAUGCAGUGAUUACAUGCCAACAUUCCGCUAUACGCAGCAUAAUGGAGACGGCCUAGUUGACCAUUAAGGUUCAUGUUACAACAGACUUUCAUAUCAGCUGUGACUCAUUAUAGAGUGUAGGUCAAGUCAGUGUGUUGCAUGUUGUAGAAAGCAAAGAGGCUGGAUCCAUCGGAUCAGUUAACACAGAAGCUCUGCAUCAGUAAGAUCAGCGUAGCUGUGACCUCGUGACCACAAGCCACACAUAAUUGUAUAUUUAUUAAAGAUACUUAUGUUAAGUUAAUGGCAAUGAACAGGGAAUAUCUUGAAAGUGGAAGGAUGAACGGCAGGUUUGUCGUUGCUUUGGAGGUGAAAUGGGCAAUAAAUCAUAAUAGAUAUUUAUAGGAGAAUGUUUAGUGAGUAGCAAAACUUUAAAAAGGAAAUUUGGUUUAAGAUCGACAAUGUUCUGCCAAAAUUGGACAAAGAACAGCCGCUUUGCUGUGAAGGAGAUGGAAGUAUUAAUGACCAAAGAUAGUUUGACAGAUGGUUACCUGUGUUACUGCACAUUUCACUCACCAGCAGAACAUCACUGAUAAAUGUUAGACACCUGCUUAUUCAAGUGGAGAAAUAGCACGUGUGCAGCAGCCCAAUUAAAUGAUGGGUAAUAAAACUGCCUUGGGAAUAGUUUCUGUUGAUGCAUGUCGAUGUAACAGAGUCUGGUCCUAAUAGAAGUCACCGAGAAAUUAUGCUUAGUGUUUCAUAAAUGUUAUUAAAAAAAAAAAGCAUGUUGACGAGGUGCCGGAUGUAACUGAGCUAUUGUGUUAAUUCAUGUAUCCCAACCUCCACCGUGUAAAUAAAGUCAUCACAACAAAAAGGGAA